CUGGACGACAGGUGCCAGAUCGUGACGUUGGGUGAGAGAUCCUCCCUGCUGCUGCACCCCGCCCUGCUGGAGGACAACGGCGCCGUCUCCUGUGAGCUCAUCAAUCCGCUGGGUGCCGUCACCUCCUCCGCUCGGCUUCAGGUGGAAGCCCCGCCCUACCUGCGGCCGUCAGAGGCGGUCGAGAGGGGCCUGACCUUCGCCCAGGAUGAGGUGAUCCGGGUGUCGAUCCCGUACUCGGCGCACCCCACGCCCACCUUCACGUGGCUGCACGGCGACGAGGAGCUCACGCCAGAAGGGGACGACCGCGUGGCCACCUCCUGGUCGGAGUCGGAGGCAACACUGCGAAUCUCCGACGCGCGGCCGGCGGACGGCGGCCAAUACACGCUGAGUGCCGUCAGCGAGACCGGCGGCGACGUGGUCGUCUUCCACAUCGCCAUCCGAGGUGUUCCUGGACCGCCUGGCAAGCCUGAAGUACGCCAUCUAUCGUCGAAAUGUCUAACUUUGGAGUGGGCUCCGUCGGAUUACGACGGUGGCGCCAAGGUCACAAAGUACCUGGUUGAGUACUUCAGAACCGGCUGGGACGUGUGGCUGAAGGCUGUGACCUCGCGCAGUCGGACGGCGCAGGUGUUUGACCUGAUGGUCGGCUCAGAGGUCAGGUUCCGCGUCCGGUCGGAGAACUCGCACGGCCUCGGUCAGCCGGGGCCCGAGAGCGAGCCGUGCGUCGUGCCGGAGCCCACCGACGGGGAGGAUGAUUUGACUUUUGAACAAUAUAGCAUGAAGUCUUCAAUAAGUGAACCUGAACUGGACCUUGAAAAUCUGACUCCAAGUCGGAAAAAAUCGCGGCGUGAUGAUUUUGCUGCUGACAUGCCCUCGGACCGGCCCUCCACACGCGACACCACCGACCGGCCGGUGCGGCCUGCCGUGACGUCAGAGGGGGGUCGUGGCGCUCGACCCCGGUCACCGUCCGCCGGCAGGGAGGCCGCCGGCCGGCCGCGCGGCAUCAGUCCCUUCUACCAGGAAGCCAGUGACCAAAAGGCGACCGAGCCGCCGCUUCUGACGGUAUCUCAGGAACCGAUUGUCGGCUACACGGGGGAGACGACCAUCAUCACCGUGGGCCUCGAGGGCGCCAUCACCUCUCUGACCUGGCACCACGACGGCCAGCCGCUGGUCGAGGAUGACCACUACCACAUCCGGCGCGUGGCUGAGGGCACGCAGCUCUCCAUUGCCGACAGUAGCGCCGCCGACGGCGGCCGCUACACGGUCACUUGCGCGCUGGGCUCGGCCGGGCCGCCGCCGCCGCCGCCCAAGAGGGGUCAGGCGGGGCCGCCAGCCGCCGCCAGCGCCGUCGGCAGCCUGGUGCCCGAGAGCGACGACUACACGCCGUUUGUGCGCCGCGGUCGCGCGCCGCGUGCCGAGAAGGCUGUCGAGGGCAGACCGGCCGAGGGAGGAGGCGAGGCGGCCGCCGCACCGCCGACGCCGGCUCAAGCGGACGCGCCCGACGAUCCGAGCCGCUGGGCCCAUGGCGUGUCGCCGGUGUCGCCGGCGCCGCGGCCCCGGACGGCCCAGGAGGGUGACCCGGCGCCGGGGGAGGGGGCCCAGUGGCGGCCCGUGCCCCUGGCCCAGCGCCAGGCCCGCGCCACCGCCGCCGCCGCCCCACACAGUGGGUCAGGCUCGGCUGAAGACCGGCUCUUGUCGGCCGGUGCAGCCGAUGGUCAGCUGGUGGCCGGCCGCUCCGCCGCCCUGGGUCAGAUCCCGGAGUCCGCCAGACUGGAGACGGAGACGCCGGGGGAGACAGUGCGCUUCUCGAGCGAAGCGGCACCUCGUCUCGUGCACACUCUCUACGACCGGAAGGUCAAGGUUGGCGAACGCCUCGCGCUUUCUGUCAAAGCAUCGGACCCGCAGGCUGUGACCUCGGUCCAGUGGUACAACAAGGGCCGACUGGUGGAGCCGAGCGACAAGUACUCGGUGGACAGCGACCCGGACGGCAGCUGGCGACUCCAGGUCAGCGGGGUCGAGCUCUGCGACGACGGCGAGUGGCGCGCGGAGGUCACCGCCCCCGGCGGCGUCACCGAGACCUGGUGUAACAUCGUGCUGGCCGUGCCACGCAACUACCGCAAGCCUCGCUUCAUGGAGACGCUGCGAGCCAUGCUGACCGACGAGGGACUGGUGUCGUUCGAGUGCAAGGUGGUGGGCUACCCAACGCCGCUGCUGCGCUGGUUCAAGGAUGGACAGGAGCUGAAGCCUGGUGACGUGUAUCAGCUCAGUGGCACCAACUCAUUAGGCGUGUACGCGUGUCUGGCGAGGAACUGCAUGGGCACGGCCGAGUCAACGGCCGAGCUGACACUGGCCGACAUCGAGAACCAGCUGACGGAGGAGGAGCGGUGCAAGGUGUGCCAGGGACAGCUGCCGCCCCGCUUCACCCAGGGCUUGCUGCCCGAGACGGUGGUCAGCAUCGCCGACAGGCACCGCUUCACUAUCGAGGUGGCGUCGUACCCGGAGCCCGACGUGGCGUGGUUCCGGGAGGAGGAGCCCGUUCAGACCAGCGAAAUGGUCACUCUGAGCCGGGGCGCACCGGGGAAGUAUCACCUGGAUCUGAAAACCGUACAGCUGGAGGACCAGGGCGAGUGGAGGUGCGUGGCUACCAACCCGGUGGGCCAGGCGGUCACCACCGGCCGUCUGACGGUCAACCGACCGCGGCACUAUAAGGCGCCCUACUUCCUGGAGCCGUUGCGGGCCUCGCUCACCGAGACCGGAACUGUCAACUUGCAGUGCAAGGUGGUGGGGACACCGCAACCGGCUCUCAAGUGGUACAAGGACGGCCACGAGCUGAAGGCGGGGGACAUCCACCGGAUCACGUCCGGCGGCGACGGCACCUGCUGCCUGGGCAACUACACGUGCGAGGCUUUCAACUGCAUGGGUUCCGCCACAUCGUCAGCGGCUCUGCUCGGCCUCGAAGAGAUGAGCUCUGACGCGCAUGAGACCACGGGCGCCGGCGGCCCCUGUGAUGCCGCCACUCCCGAUGCUGGAUGGCUCCGUGGUGUCGGUGGUCGCUGGACGGACGCGAAGUGUCAGCUCCGUGUCGGCACCGGCGAGAUCAGCCUGCAGCAGGUGCACGACAUUCUGGAGGCCUACAGCGAGCACCGUCGGAAGGCGCCGUCAGCCCCCGCGGCGAGCGGUGGCGGCGCGACCGACGCUGCUGAGGUGCCCUCACUGCGCGUGCUCGCCGCGCAGGCCACCUCCGGUAACGUGCAGCUGGGUGCCACCGUCAUCGACGUCUCGCUACUACCGGCUGAUCAGUACCUGGGCGAGAUCGGACGCGCGCUCAGCCCGCCUGAGCUCCGGAUGACCAUGAAGGAGGAGGACGGCCCGCCGGCGAGCCGACCAGCCGAGGAGACGGAACCAAAGCUGACCGUGGACAAGAUCAUCACGCUGGUGAAACCAGUGCUGGACGAGGCGCCGCCGGCGGCCGAGUCUCUGCACGAAAUGGAGCGCACGCUGUCUCCGCACCAGGCUCGUGAGGCCACGGUUCUUCAGGAAGCCCAGAGCACGGCACAGCGCCUUCUCACGGUACUGCAGGUGGCGCUGACCUCGGAGAGCGCGGUGGACAGCUCGUUCUCCGACCUGACCGAAACACUUUCCCCCACGGAGGCAGUCAUCACUGAGGUGUCUCGAGACGUGGGCACAGGCGUCGCGCGGCGCGUGCUGACCGCAGUCCAGGCUGUGCUGCAAGAGGCGUCCGCGCCCGAGGAGGCACUGUCCGGCUCGAGUGCGGUGUCGCCGGCCGUGGCCCAGGAGGUGAGCGUUAGCGAGAGUGCGCGCCUGGACAUUCAAAAGCUGAUGACUGUUCUUCAAGCAGCUACGGCGGAAGAGUCUAUGUCAGAGGGAACCGUGUCCGAGAUCCGAGGCAUGUCACCGCAGCAGGCAUCGGAACGGCUGAGCUCAGACUCCAUGAAAGCGACGGCCGAGAAGGUCCUGAACAUCCUCCAGACUUCUCCAGCCGACGAGGCUGUCUCUGAGGGCUCGCUGUCAACGCUGUCUGGAGCUCACAGUCCAGCCCUGGCAGAGGCCACAGAACACGAUCGAAGUCUGAUCGGACGUGUGGUAGCCAUCAUGAGGGCCGUGGUCGCCGGGGAGGAUGUUCCAGUGGAGACCAUCCGCCAGCUGGAGAGAACAACGUCGCCGGUGAUCGCAAAGUGCACCACGCUACCGGACGAGACAAAACGAAAGGCGGAGGUGAUUCUCACGGAGUUGCGAGCUGCCCUUUGUCAGGAAGAUGUCAGUGAAGGCUCCGUUCGUGAUGUGAAAUCGCCAGACGCUGCCUCAUCAGCCAAAGAAGCGCUCAGCGACGAGGAGAAGCAACAAACAGCUGCGCUGGUCAUGACGAUCCUGCAUGCUGACCCGCUGUCGCCCAGCGUCUCUGAGGCUUCCGUGUCGGAGCUAUCAGACCGCACCAUGUCCGCCGCCUCGGCGAGAGAACUCGGCGGUGACUCACCCCAGCUGGCCAUCGCGCAGAAAGUACUUAUGGCGGCGCGCGCCGCGGAGGCUGAGGUCUCCACGCCGAAGGCCGCUCUGGGGGACCUGGAGCGGGCGCUGUCGCCUCAAGCGGCGCGUGGCCCGCUCACGGAAGAGGAGAGCUCACUGGCAGUGCAGAAGGCGCUAGAGAUCAUACAGGCCAAGAGCGAGUGGUCUCACCACUUCAAGGAGUUCAAGUGA